AUGGUUUCUAAGACCCAACAAAAUGUACCAGACUCAGAGGAGGCUAAAAAUAAUGUUUCAUCUUCGCAUUCAAACAAAGAAACUUCUAAAUCAAUCAUUACGAAUGACGAUCCAUCGUUGUCCAUGGAUAAAGAUAGUAAUAGAAAGCGCCAGGUAAAAACCCCUGAACCUGAAGACUCUGAUGAAGUUUUAUCAGAUUCAGAACCGUCUCCCAAGAAGACUCGUAGAUUUUUUAAUAGUACCUCUACUGUUUUGAGGGAUCAUACACUUUCCAAUAAGCUGAACCAAUCAAAAGUUGAAAGUUCUGCUUCAAAAACACCUAGUCCUAGGCCUACGCAUAAGCGCAAAUGUUCUGAAAAGCAAUUAAGAUCAAUUGAUCCUGCUGACACCAUUAGUAAAACAACCAAAGUUAACAAAAAACUCACUCAAGUGCCACUAAAUUCGAGUAACAAUUAUAAUAGAACAGCAAAGGAAACAAAAAACCCCACAUCAUCAAUCUUUAUUGCAAAUGAUGAACAUAAAACCAAGGCUCACGAAAAAUUGAAAGAAGACUUGAGAAAGGAUCGAAAACUAUCAUAUUUAGAAGAGGUAUUUGAACAAGCAGGAUUAAUACUAUCUGAUGGCUAUUCUGCCAACGUAUUAAGAACAGAUCAAGCAGUUUUUGUCAGAGACAUAAAGAAUGCUAUCUGUAGCAAUGAGGAGGAAUCAAAAAGAAACGUGAAACAAAUUAUGAAAGAUUUAGAAGAAUAUUGUUCUGAUGACAAAUGUUUGAAAUAUGCCAUUUCCUCUACAGAGACAGCCGAGGAUUGUGAUGUCUCUCGUGGAGCAACACAGGACAGUGUCAUGCGGCUCCUAUUGCACAUUGAUUGCUUACAAGCUCCAGUCACUGAGCUACUGCUUAUGGAUAAACUUGCCAAAUUCAUAAUGGAUGAACCCAGUGGUGACCUAGCCGUAAUCACUUGGGUUAGAAUGAUCCUUCAGUGCUUUAGAUUCUUGGAGAGGAUGAAUAACGGAAAAGCAGUAAAUGAUCAGCUUCUAGAGAUUGUUCUUGUUUCAACUGACACUUUGAUUCAACAAGAAGUGAUCCUGUCCCUGCCAGACAUCAUACAAGAUACAGAACAUCAUUAUACAGCUUUGGAGUUGAGCAAGCUAGUACGCAAAAGCAACCCACAGGUGAUGACCAGUGCCCUGGAGGCUCUCACCAACCUGUCACUACAGCCAGAGGUCCGCACACAAAUACAACCAACACUGUUGAGGGCAAUCAAUAAGAUACCUCACGACUACUUACCCACCAUGCUCAAGUUCCUGUUUGCUGAUGGAGACGCUGCCUCUGUAGACGAGGUGAUCACUUUUCUGCGAAAUGAGUUAGACUUAGAAGAGACCAGUGGUAACUCAGCCAGUGUGCAAGUGCUGGUGUUUAUGACUCUGAGAGACGCUCUGUUGGUGUCUCGCACUCUGCCUACAAUCUGGCUGAAAAACAUCUCUUCCGUCAAGACUCAGGCUGAACAUAAACCAAUUGACAUAGUGAUGCUUUUGGUACUCCUGUCAGUGUCCAGUGAUAAUACUCGUCACCGUGCCAUUGAAGCUGUGUUCAGAAGCAAGAUCAGAGCUGAAAUGUUUACUGAAACCUUAAUCAAUGAAACUCUCAAAGCCUACAUUCCUGUUAUAAAGGAACAUUUUCAAGUUACAAUUAAACUUGCUGGAGCUUUGUUAAAAUCCCCAGAACCAGCUGUUGUCGAAUUUGCUUCAAAAAUAUACACAGGCAUGUUUGUCAACAUGGAGGGGUUGUGGUGCAAGUGGGUAUUGUCUGAUCUACAACAAGGCGUUGGUACCGGAGACACAGGCAUGGCUAGAGCUGCUCUGUCUGUCAUACAACAUCUCACCACCAACCAUCACCACAAGGUCAAGCCACUGGGUGUCAUACUGAUGCUGCUGCUGAACAAGUUGAAUGACUUGGCAUUGAGUGAGGUGUGUCAAUUGAUGGACAUCCUGUGUCACAUUGCAUACUCUGAGGAUGAUGAAAGCUCAGAGAACUGUACAAUGCUGCAAGACGAGAUCAACAUCUUGGUCCAGAAACAGCUCGCUAGCUCACAACUCAGUGUGAAACGUAAUGGAAUAAUUGGAUGUGUAAUGACAAUCAAACAUGUCACCACUGUUUCUGAAAGUACAACUGACUCUCUUGCUUCAGAGAAAAAUCAUACAUCAGAUAAAGCUGCAAAGGCGUCACAACUCCUUGAGCUCCUGUUGAGCAGCACUAAGGACUGUGUAGAAGCCCAGGGUCUAGCACUGGACCAACUGUCUCAUCUCCUCAUCUCCGGCAAAGCAUUGGACCCAACAUUUGUGACAAAACUCUCUAGUCUGAUGAGGGACAAACUUCAAGAUGACUUUUUGAUUUCUGCUUCGGAUUUUGUAUCAAAGGACGAUGUUAUCGAAACCUCCCUUCAGUUUUAUUUGGAUGAUGAUCCAGAGGGGUCUAUAGCUCUUAACUUGGCAGACUUGGUUGUAAACGAACAAAACUCAGAAAGGAUGAGGUCUACUGUGGGAGUGAGUUGUCUACACCCGUUGUUGAGGCUGCUGAGAGGACUGGAGAUGAGUGACCUGAGUAAGAAUGACGCACAGCUGGGCUGA